AUGUCUUCAAAAGUAAGUUCAAUUAAUUCAUCUACGGAUGAAAAUUGUCUUCCAGCUGAAACCUUUUCAGACCCACACUUUCCAAAUCCUACUACUCUUCCCUUAGAAUUUCAUCGUUACAUUCUUGAAGAAAUAUUAUCUGAAGACGGAUUACUUAUUUUAAGUCGCGGAUUGGGUUUAUGUAGAAUAAUAUGUGCAUUGAUAAGGAUUUAUUCUGAUAGAGGAUCUUUAGUAAUAUUAUUGAAUGCUAGUAGACAUGAAUUAAGUUGUAUUAAAGAAGAAAUUGCUGAAGGUGGGAUUAAAAAACCGGGACUUAGAGUUGUUAAUAAUGAAUCUAACGCUAAAGAAAGAUCAGAAUUAUACGUUUCUGGUGGUAUAUUGUCUAUAACUUCAAGGAUACUUAUAAUUGACCUUUUACAAAAACGUAUACCGACUUAUCUUAUUACUGGAAUUUUAGUUAUGCAUGCUGAAAGGGUAAAUGAAACUUCAACUGAAGCAUUUAUCUUGAGAAUAAUUAAGGAAGAGAAUAAGGAAGGGUUUAUUAAAGCAUUUUCAGAUUCACCCGAAUCAUUUAUUUCUUCAGGAUUAUCACCUUUACAAACUACCUUACAAUUACUUCAAAUACGUAAAGUUUUCUUGUAUCCGAGAUUCCAUGUGAUGAUAAGAAAUUGUUUAGAACAACAUAAAGCUGAUGUAAUAGAAUUGCAUCAAUCUUUAAGUCCAUCAAUGACUGAGAUACAAGCGGCUAUUACUGAAUGUAUUGAAGCUUGUUUAAGCGAAAUAAAAAAAGUAAAUGGAAAUUGGUUAGAUGUUGAUGAUUUAACGGUGGAAAAUUCAUUUUUUAGAUCCUUUGAUGUUAUAUUAAGACAACAAUUAGAACCUUAUUGGCAUCGUGUUAGCUCGAAAACUAAAUUAUUAGUUAAUGAUUUAACCACCUUAAGAAAAUUACUCGGGUACUUGGUCAGUUAUGAUUGUGUAUCAUUCAAUAGUUUUUUAGAGACUAUUAUUGCAAGUCAAACUCCUACUUCUGCUUUAUCUCACCAACAACAAUCUCCGUGGCUGUCCUUGGACGCUGGAAAUACAAUAUUUAUUACAGCAAAAAGACGAGUAUUUAUUCAUGCUCCAUCGUCAGAAUUUCCACCAGGCAUACAACCUAUAUUAGAAGAACUUCCAAAAUGGAAUCUAUUAGCGGAGACGUUACAAGAAAUUGAAUCAGAUAUAAUAGGUCAUAACACAAUCAUUUCUACAGAAGGAACUGUAUUAAUCAUGGUAGAAAAUGAAAGAGAAUGUUCACAAUUAAGAGAAUAUUUAUCAACCAUGCACAUAGCAGAACAACGGGGAUUAAGUAAAGGUGGUUUUAUGUUGAGAAGAUUGUUAAAAAAUUAUUUCAGGUGGAAAAGUGGAUUGAGUAAAGUUAGUAAUAAUUUAAUUAAUGAAAGUAAUAAAGAAACUGUUGGGGGAAGAAGUACUAACAGUGGGAAAGGAAAUGAACAACCAAAAAGAGGAAUAUUCCAACGUGGUCAACAGCCAUCUAAUAAAAGAAGACGUUUACGUGGUGGAUCAAACACCGCUACUUCAUCAGCUAAUUCUAUAAGAAAAACAAAUGUUAAGACACUUGAAGAAGAAGCUCAAAAAAUAGCAAAUUUUAUAAAUUCAAACCAAACCAACUUAUCAGAAACAAGUUCUUCUGCUGCGGCUUCUGGCUCAUUGAAAGAUAAUGCUUUGACUACAAAUCCUAGCUCUCAUUAUGAUGAUGAAUUUGAUGCGGAAACAUUUUCUACAUAUUUUGGAUUAUUAGAUUUAAAUGAUUCAAUUAUUAUUAGACCUAUAAAUGGUGAUUAUGAUGAUAGAAUAUUGGAAUCUAUUAAACCUAAAUAUAUCAUCAUUUAUCAUCCUGAUCAAGCAUUUAUUAGAAGAGUUGAGGUAUAUCGAACUCUACAUCCUGAUUUACCAUGUUUAGUAUAUUUUAUGAUGUAUGAAAAUUCUAUUGAAGAACAAAAAUAUUUAAGUGUAAUACGUAGAGAGAAAGAAGCUUUUGAAAAAUUAAUUAGAGAAAAAAGUAUUAUGGCUAUACCUUUGGGAAGACCUUUGAGAGUGCUUCAUAGUCAAUCUGACGUAUCUUCGAACGUUAAUACACGUAUAGCAGGUGGUAAAAUUAUACAAGAAGUUAAAGAACCAUCAAAGAUUGUAAUUGAUGUAAGAGAAUUUCGUAGCUCAUUACCAUCAUUAUUGCACCAAUCAGGAAUCGAAAUAUUACCAUGUACUUUAAUAAUUGGCGAUUAUAUAUUAUCACCUAAUUUAUGUGUUGAACGUAAAUCAAUUUCUGAUCUAUUUGGAAGCUUUAAUUCAGGAAGAUUGUAUACGCAAUGUGAGGCUAUGUGUAUACAUUAUAAGCAACCUAUAUUAUUAAUUGAAUUCGAUAAGAAUCAAUCAUUUACAUUACAGUCUAUAAAUGAAAUUAAAUCAGAUAUAGGAAUGAAUGAUAUAUCAUCAAAGUUGGUAUUAUUAACAAUUACCUUUCCAAGACUGAAAAUUAUUUGGUCAAGUAAUCCUAUUGCCACCGUCGAAAUAUUUCAAGAUCUCAAAAAAUUGGAAGAAGAGCCUAAUUUAGAAAUAGCGCAAAUGAUUGGAUUGGAUAGCGGUGAAACUGAUGAUCAUCCAAUUGAAAGCGAUUACAACGUUGCUCCACAGGAAUUCUUGAGAUCUUUACCUGGAGUUACGACAAAUAAUUAUAGAUAUAUAAUGUCAAAAUUAAAAAAUUUAAAAGAAUUGGGUCAACUAUCUAAAGAUGAAUUACAAAAUAUGAUUGGUAAUGAUCUUGGAAACAAAUUAUUUGAAUUCUUUAAUAAAGAUGUUAAGGAAGAGGAAUGA